CUGUAACAUCCCACAAUCCUUCGAGAGGCUCCUGUCAUGCUCAGCGGUAACUCUUUUAGCGCCACUUUCAGAAAACUUGGAAAAUUUUCAAAAUUUACAGGCUUGAAUUGUUGGCAGCGAUGCUGAAGAAAUAGUUUAUCUCCUGCUGAUUUUAGCAGGUUCCUGCGUGCUGAGUUGGUAGCAGUUUUCUUCAGUUGCAAAUAUGACUGCACACUUGAUCUGCAUUUUCGUUUGACGUUCCUAUUGCUGUGUUGUGAACAUGGGGUUGGUUUGGAGUGCAAAGCAAGACAAAUUUGACAACACUUUGCCGGAGAACGGAGGGAAAAAUUGUUUAUAUUCUCCGGAUGACAGCUGCGAUGAUUCCGAGGAAAACUUUUAUGAAACUAUGGAGAGGCAAUCACAGUCAUCCUGUUGCGAUAACCUUGUGCAAGAACUCGAGAUCGACUCCGAAAAUUUCGUUAAACAAUCACUGACAACAACGGGUACUUCAAGCGAUGUGCGACAUUCAGGAAAUACUUCAAAGCCUGCUCUUCAAGGAAAGUCUAGCAACGUAGGCGAAUUUUCGAGAAAAAUUUCCGAAACUAACUCGAAAUGCGUAGCUAAUGAAGAAGAAAGUGUCUGCAUUGAUAACAGCAUCGAUAGAUGGAAGACAGAAGUUGAUAUUAGUAGAGUUGAUCCGUUGUUGGUUGAAAGGGAAAAACAAAUCCCAGAAUACAGCACCUUUUCGCAGCCAUUUCUUCCCAAAGAAAAAUUGCUUCAGGGAAAGUAUGCAAUUAAAAGUUUUUCUGAUUCAGCAAUGCAACAUGAAGAUAAGAUUCCAGAGCCUGCUCGUCAAGGAUUAUCUAGCAACAUUUGCGGUUUAAACACAGGUGAAAUUUUCAGAUUAUCUCAAGAAACUAACACAAAAUGCAUAGCUAAUGAAAAAGACAGUGACUGCAGUGUUAGUAGUAUUGAUAGAUGGAUGACAGAAGGUAACAAAAAUAGAUCUGAUCCAUCAUUGGUUCAGGGAGAAGACCAAAUGAUAGAAUGCAGCACCUUUUCGCUGCCUUUUAUUUCAGAGGAAAAAUUGUUUCAGAGAAAGUAUGCAAGUAAAAGCAUAUCUGAACCUGCAAUGUCUGUAGCAGUCGACAAUCUGCACCAACAACAAUCUAAAGUGCCUCUGCCUUGUGCAUGGCAAGUUGAUAUAGACUGUUUCAAAUCAAAGAAAAGAAAGAAACUUCCCAAGAAGUAUUUAAGAAACAGAGAUGAAGACUCACAGGCUAAUUAUGGUGAUGAAAAUGGCAGGUCUAUAGCCAGUGAUAAUCAAGGACUGCAUCAGAGAGGUUGUUUGGCUUCUACAGAUAUCGCCACUCAAGAAAUGAUGGCUCGAAGAAAAGUGCUAGACCUGAGAAGAUGGUACUGCAUGAGCCGACCUCAAUACAAGAAGUCUUGUGGUAUUUCAUCUGUGGUGUCUUGCUGGAAUUUCUUGUUCAGUUCUCUUGGUGCAGGCAGUUUACAGCCCCUUACUCAGGAGGUAGCUUUAGACAUACUAGGAUUCAAACCACCAUUUGGAGAAAUAAGGUUUGGACCAUUCACUGGAAAUGCUACUUUAAUGAGGUGGUUCAAACAACUCUGCAAUCACUUUAGAGUGGAUGGGGAUGCCUAUAUUCUGUAUAAACCAAAGGGGAAGAGUCGCACCAUUGGUCUGAGUGGAGAGGAAGCCUUACGUCAGCUCAAGAAGGGCCUGCAUAACCCCCAGAUGGCUUUCAUUUAUCAUUGUUAUAACCAUUAUUUUUGUCCCAUUGGAUAUGAGGAUUCACCCAUAAAAGCUGUUGAUGCGUACAGGGCACAGUUGUAUGAAGACGAAGUGAAAACAUGGAUAUUGAUUGGGGACCCAAGUUGCAAACAUCCAAGUAUUCACUGCAAGAGUUGGGCUGACAUUCAAACAGAUUUGAACAAUGAGGCUCCCUUCUACCUCAACAUUCGUCAACUCCACAAGGGAAUCCUUCAAAGAAAUGUUAAAAAGACAGGUGGAAAUCUUCAUUGCAUCAUGGCUUUCCACAAAAGUACUUGGAAACACCAUAGGAAAGCUAUGGCAGCCACAGGGAAGAGAGUGUCUCUUGACGAAGAAGAAAGUCAGAGUUAUGGCAGCAUAUCAGAAGAGCACCUGCCAAGUGACUCCAGUGACUCUUAAAGACUACAUUUUUAUUUAUUUGUUUAAAAAAUAUUUAAAGAGGGAGCCCAGCUCGCCAUAGCAGUUUUCACUGAGGCCCUCAAACUUAACAAUGUACAAAUUAAGUAAUCACGUAAUUAAUAAGUAAAAACUCACGGUUGAAAUAUGAAAUAUGAAAUAUCUAAAAUAUGAAUUAACUAAAAUACGAAAUGUCUAAAAUAGGACAUGAACAGAAAUUAAUAAAAUCUAUGUACAAGAGAUGAUUGACACACUAACGGAACCUGUUAAAAUUCAAAAUAUUUAAGCAAUGAAAUUUUAAAAGCAUCAUAGGGUAGACAUUUCAUGUCUUCUGGGAGGGAAUUCCAGCCUGUCAAUGCACUAUUAAAAGAUCUGAGUAGACCCCCUGUUGGUGUUUGAUCUAACAGAUCUAAUAGUUUCCUAGGAGGGAGUGUUAUGGCUAUGAUAGUCUGUGCCUUGAGUAAUCAUACUGUUUCUUUCACUUAACAAAUGGUAAACACCACAGCGUACACUAUUGAGUUAUGGAUGCACGCGGAAGGUUGCUAAGCACGAAAGAAGCAUAAGAGUAGUGCGAGUUGAGUGCUUAGCAUACCUCCCAAGUGCAUCCAUAACUCAAUAGUGUACACUGUGGUGUUUACCAUUUGUUUUAUAACGUAACAUUGAUACAUUGUAGCUAAAGAGUUCCCUUUUAUUUAACAAAUCUUACGUGACUAGAAAAAACAAUCACAUGGGGAAAAAUAGUCUUUGCAUUUGCUCACGUCAGCAGCGCACUCCCAUGGGGGACGCUAAAUUGACCAAUCAGAGCGCUCGCUUUACUUGGUUGUGUUAUAACAACAUUUUGUGUAUAGUCAACUUCUCAUAAUAAAAGCGAACCUCACAUUGCAUGUAAUUCAAAUCACAACUGAUUUGCUCUAAUUUUCUCCACAAUUUUGCCUUAAAUAACCCAAAACCUCAUAGAUAACUUGAAAAUCAUCAAAUUCUUCAGUAUAUAGUACUUUCAAAAACUCAAACCUCUUUGUCUUUAUGAUAUGAAAGUACACUAGUACCUUUUUUUUUUUAUAUUAGCAAAACAUUCUCCAAUAUUUUCAGUGAAGGACAAGAAAGUCUCUGUGACUGUCUAAUUGAAUCCUUACUUCUCUUCCGUACAUCAUAUGUACACAGAGACAGACAGGAUAAGGUACAAAAACUACAAAACAAAUUUGGUAAGUUUGUUAAAAUGUAUUUGUAAAAAAAGUUAAAGGCUGAUAGUU